AUCUCAGGGGUGGAGGAAGAAGGAACAUGGUAACAAACGGGUUGGUUUUGUUUUGGGACACCUUAUUGGACUAUGACUAGACAGCUGAUUAGCACAUGGUUAGCUGGUGCGCACAGAGCAAUGAUCAUCAUUCCAGAAAGGCAAACCUGCUUGUGAAGAAACAAAGUUGGCAGCAGGAAAUGGCAAAAAGUCUUUUGACUCCGUCUCUGUCUGCAAGGAUGAAGCUGUUACAAACGGGAGUGUCGCUUUAUAAUACUUCUCAUGGCUUCCACGAGGAGGAAGUGAAAAAGAUCCUGGAGCAGUUUCCUGGUGGAUCCAUUGACCUUCAGAAGAAACAGAAUGGCAUUGGCAUUCUCACUCUGAACAACCCCAAUAAAAUGAAUGCCUUCUCAGGUGUCAUGAUGCUACAACUUUUGGAAAGGGUAAUUGAAUUGGAAAAUUGGACAGAAGGGAAAGGCCUCAUUGUCCAUGGGGCAAAAAAUACUUUUUGCUCAGGAUCUGAUCUGAAUGCUGUGAAAGCACUCUCCACUCCAGAGAAUGGAAUGGCCUUAUCUAUGUUCAUGCAGAACACCUUAACAAGAUUUAUGAGACUACCGUUAAUAAGCGUUGCUCUGGUUCAAGGCUGGGCAAUGGGUGGAGGAGCAGAAUUUACUACAGCAUGUGAUUUCAGGUUAAUGACUGUGGAGAGCGUGAUCAGAUUUGUCCACAAGGAGAUGGGGAUAGUGCCAAGCUGGGGUGGUGCCAGCCGGCUGGUUGAAAUCAUCGGCAGCAGACAAGCUCUCAAAGUGUUAAGUGGGACCUUCAAACUGGAUUCCAAGAAAGCUUUAAAUAUAGGCUUGGCUGAUGAGGUCUUACAGUCUUCCGAUGAAUCUAAGGCUCUAGAAGAGGCCCAGGAGUGGCUAGAGCAGUUUGUCAGUGGGCCUCCAGAAGUCAUUAGAGGUUUAAAGACAUCUGUUUGUUCAGGCAGAGAGCUGUACUUAGAAGAAGCAUUGCAGAAUGAAAGAGAUGUUUUAGGCACCCUGUGGGGUGGGCCUGCAAACCUCGAGGCUAUUGCCAAGAGAGGGAAGCAUACUAAGUAGUUUAAAAUGUGGGUGUACUACAAGUUGAUGCGCCUGAGAUGGAGGGCGGUGAUGAUAGGAAAAAUGAGCGGCAGAGUUCAUUAGAAGUUAACGUCUUUCUUUUUUAACAUUUGCUUAAAGUCACUUCUACCAAUUUCUACAUUCCUAUAAUAGUAAUUCUCCUAGAACCAAAGGUCAAUUUUCAAACAGGAAACCUAUCCCUGGGCUUAUCUUUUGUAACAUACUUACAAUUUAAAUUUUAAGGCUGGGUCUUAAACUUAUUUAUGUAGCCAAGGGUAGUCUUGAAUUUCUAAUUCCCCUGCCACCACCUCCCAAAUGCUGGUAUAUACUAUUGUGUCUGGCCAUUUUGUUCUUUCUUAAGUUGAUGUAAUUUACAAAAAUAAAAUUAAAAACAAAAUAACAAGAUCUCAAUAAAUGUGUCAUAUGAAGCAGAAAGCAGAGAGGAUUAGAGGCAUGCAAGAAAUAUUAGUCACUUGUUCUGCUCUGUACACUUAAAAUACUGAUGGAAAUGGUCCUUCAAUAAAGAAAAAAGUGCAUUUUUGCUGAA